AUGGCUGGCACAGACAAGCGCGGGCGCGACAGGAUUCGCAACAUCCUCCCAGACAUCUACCUGGGACGAUGGCCGACCGGACGCCUCAACUCCAUCACCGACGUCCCCGGCGUCCUGGUGCAUACGCAGUCGAUUGAGCCGGAUGACCAUGUUCACACGGGCGUCACCACCAUAUUGCCGCGGCCGGACUGGCACGAGUACUCGAGCUUCGCCGGCGUCUUCCGCUUCAACGGCUGCGGCGAGAUGACGGGCUCGCACUGGCUCAACGAGACCGGCCUGCUCUGCUCCCCCAUCAUCAUCACGGCCACGUCCUCUGUCGGCGAGGGCUACCGCGGCGUCACCGAGUAUGUCUACCGCCACCACCGCCGAGAGGGCGGCGAGGUAGACCUCUUUUUGCUGCCCGUAAUUGCCGAGACGUACGACGGCUUCCUGAGCGACCCGGCGCGGUUCGCCGUGACGCCCGAGCACGUCAUGCAGGGGAUCCAGAGCGCCACCGCCGACGCCGUGCCCGAGGGCAACACCGGCGGCGGCACGGGCAUGAUAUGCCACCGCUUCAAGGGCGGCACGGGGUCCAGCAGCCGCGUCGUCAAGGGCUACAGCGCCGACGGCAACGGGGUCGACUACACGGUCGGCGUCCUCGUCCAGGCCAACUACGGCCUCGCCGAGACGCUUUGCAUCGGCGGCGUGCCCGUCGGCCGCAUCCUCCAGAGAGAGGGCAAGCUGGCUAAGCCGGCCGACGCGCCGGAGCCACGCAAGGACGGCAGCAUCAUUAUUAUCGUGUCUACGGACGCGCCUCUCAUCCCUAUCCAGCUGCAGAGGCUUGCUCGACGUGCCACUGUUGGUCUGGGCAAGGUCGGCGGCUAUGGAAACAACAAUUCGGGAGACAUCUUUCUUGCCUUUUCGACGGCGAACAAGGUCCCCGUUGGCGAUGUGUCCAUGCAGUCCAAGCCUGGGUUUAACGACUUCACGCCGGCGGAGCGCGUGGUAAGCAUGUCGGAUAAUGACACCAUGAACGGGCUGUUUGAGGCGGCUGCCGAUGCGGCCGAGGAGGCUAUUUACAAUGCCAUGUUCAUGGCGGAGUCGAUGACGGGGUACAAGGGCAGACAUGUACCGGCUUUGGAUCUGGGUGAUGUAAGGAGAAUUGUAGAGAAGAGGCUGUGA